CGUCUUCCUGUUCCAUGUGUCUCUGGGGGAGGGCGGCAUCUGAGCAUGUUUUCAUCACGGUCAGGAGUGAGCAGAGGAGGGGAGGAGCCCGAGACCCCCGAAAUCCCUCCUCAGACACACUUUGCAGCCGGUGUCCCAUGGAGAACGAGCCCGGGAUUGUGUCGCCAUUUAAGCGAGUGUUCCUAAAAGGUGAAAAGAGUAGAGAUAAGAAAGCCCAUGAGAAAGUAACAGAGAGGCGCCCUCUGCACACUGUGGCGCUGUCCCUGCCUGAGCGCGUGGAGCCCGACAGACUGCUGAGCGACUAUAUCGAGAAGGAGGUGAAGUACUUAGGUCAGUUAACGUCCAUACCAGGAUACCUGAAUCCCUCCAGUAGGACCGAAAUCCUGCAUUUCAUAGACAAUGCAAAGAGAGCCCACCAGCUCCCCGGACACCUGACCCAGGAGCACGACGCUGUGAUCAGCCUGUCUGCCUACAAUGUCAAGCUGGCCUGGCGGGACGGGGAAGAUACCAUCCUCAGGGUCCCCAUCCAUGACAUUGCCGCCGUGUCCUACGUGCGGGAUGACGCCUCUCACCUGGUGGUCCUGAAGACAGAUGACUCUUCCACCAAGGUGGAUGUGAAGGAGCCGUAUGAGACGGAAGUCGGCACUUUCUCCUUCCCUGAGUGCGCGCACGCAGGCGGCGUCUCGCCUUUGUCCUUCUGUAUGCAGACGGCGCCCCACGCCAAGACAGUCAGUGAGAGCGAGCUGAGCGCCACUGCCACCGAGCUGCUGCAGGACUACAUGCUCACGCUGCGCACCAAGCUCUCCUCGCAAGAGAUCCAGCAGUUCGCAGCACUGCUGCACGAGUACCGGGACGGGGCCUCAGUGCACGAGUUCUGCAUCAACCUGCGCCAGCUGUACGGGGACAGCCGCAAGUUCCUGCUGCUGGGUCUGCGGCCCUUCAUCCCGGAGAAGGACAGUCAGCACUUCGAGAACUUCCUCGAGACCAUCGGGGUGAAGGACGGCCGGGGCAUCAUCACUGACAGCUUCGGCAGGUACCGGCGAGCACUGAGCUCCACCUCCACCUCCACCUGCACCGGGAACAGGGCCACGGGCAGCUCAGAUGACCAGUCUGCGCCGUCGGAAGGGGACGAGUGGGACCGCAUGAUCUCGGACAUCAGCAACGACAUCGAGGCUCUGGGCUGCAGCAUGGACCGGGACUCUGCUUGACCCUCAACUGUGAAGGACGUGCCCCGGGGCGCCGGUGCACAAGCCUGCCCCCGCCCCCCGAGGGGUCCUGGGGGUCCCUUCGGUUUUGCACACGACGUUUAUGUCGAAACUCUCAGAGACCUUCAAAGAAGUUUCCUGCGAUGUGAAUGAUUCA